AUGGAAAACUAUCUUGAUAUGGAUGGUGUGAACUUAUGGCAUAUGGUUCUUGAUGGUUAUGUGACUCCCACUCAAGAGUUUAAUGGUAGUGUUAUACCUUGGCCAAGAAAAGAGUGGACCAAGGAUCAUGUUCAAGCUAAUGCUCUCAACCGGAAGGCUAUUUGUAUUCUUGAGAAAUAUCAUGAAGGAACGGUUCAAGUAAAGAACAAGAAGGUUGAGCUUCUCAUGGGAGAAUAUGAAGGAUUCAAGAACAAGCCAAAUGAGACCGUCACCGAAACUACCAAUAGACUCUUUGGCAUUACCACCAAUCUCAAGAAGCUUGGUAAGCACUAUACUCUUGGUGAAAUCAAUGGCAAAAUUCUUCGUUCAUUGCCUCUCCUUGAUUGGCAACCGAAGAUAACCGCCAUUGAGGAAUCCCAUGACAUAAGGAAUUUGAGAACCGAUGAGCUUAUCGGAAACUUACUUCUUUAUGAGAUGACUUACAUGAAAGAAAUUCAAGAAUUGAAGAAGUCUUAA